AUUCAAAAUAUUGCUCAGUGGCGAGGCGAAAGCAAACCCUUUGAAUUUUUAAACAUGGAUGUUGAAGUACUUGAAUAUACAAAGAUUAUUUAACGAUAGAGUAUUUUUUAUUCUACGAAUAUAUAAAUAAUAUAUCGCAUGAACAGUAUAAAUAAUAUUCAGAUUUGUUUACAUUUACAGUAACAAAAUAACCUUGUAUUUAUGUUCUGUUUAUUCGAAUAAUGAGAUAAUAUGUACUUAAGUAAACAUCACUUUUUAUUUGGAUUUCAAAAAUAAAUGGACUUCCCGAAAUAGAUACAAGAUGUGUAUUUUUUUCGAAAGAACAGAAGGGACAUAAUGUAAUAUGUCAGAAAGAAUUUUGGAUUGUGGGUGUAUUUUUCCAUUGCUACCAUGCUUUUAUACGCCUUCUCCAGAUGAUGCAAUGGGGAAGCAAAAGAGUGAUGAAAUAGAUAGACAACUUGGAAAAGAGAGAAAAGAAUUCCAGAAGGCCCACCGGCUCCUGUUAUUAGGAGCCGGUGAGUCUGGCAAGUCCACAGUUAUCAAGCAAAUGUAUUUAAUACAUGUCAAAAACUUCUCUGAGAAGAUGAGAAUUGAAAAAAGAAAUGAUAUAAGAGGAAAUCUAGUGGAAUCAAUUGUUAGCAUUCUUGAAGCUAUGCCCAAGUUGAGUCCUACAAUUGAAAUUGCAGACCCUGAUAAUAGGGAAAAAGCAAAUUGGAUUUUAUCACAAUCAUAUCAAAGUGAAAAAUUGCCAGAAGAAUUCUAUAAUUUUUGCUCUUCUCUGUGGAAGGACAAAGGAGUACAGGCUGCUUUUGAGAGAAGUAAUGAAUUCCAAUUGAUAGAUAGCGCACAGUAUUUCAUCGAAAGACUAGAUGACAUUCGGAAAGAAAACUAUGUACCAACUGAACAAGACAUUUUAAGGUGUAGAGUACUUACAAGAGAAAUUUAUGAGUUGGUAUUUCAAGUUAGUAAUGUUAAAUUCAGAAUGAUUGAUGUGGGGGGUCAACGAGAAGAACGCUGUAAAUGGUUUCUCUGCUUCAAUGAUGUAACUGCAAUAAUUUUUGUGACAGACUGUAGCUCUUAUGACAUGGUAUUAAGAGAAGAUGAAACGAAAAAUAGACUAACUGAAAGUUUAGAUCUGUUCAAAGUGGUGUGGAAUAAUAGGUGGCUAAAAACAAUUUCUGUUAUUCUAUUCUUAAAUAAACAAGAUAUAUUCAGCGGAAAAAUUUUGUCAGGUAGAAGAAAAUUGGAGCGAUAUUUCCCUGAGUUUAAGGCAUUCAAAACUCCGGAAGAUGCAAAGCAUGAUUUGAACGAAUCUUCUGAAGUAACAAGGGCAAAGUAUUAUAUCAGGAAUGAAUUUGAGAAAAUUUGUAAACAUACCAAUCAUGCAGACCAUCGUCUUUAUCCUCAUUUCACAUGUGCUGUGGAUACUGAAAACAUAAAAAGAGUAUUUGAUGAUUGCAGGGACAGUAUUCAGUGGAAAUAUUUGAAAGAAUUUGAUUUGCUUUAGUCAUAAGAAAAGUAUCGUUAAGUAGAAGAUACAUUUCUGAUCAAUAUUUUCAUUUUAUGGAAAUAUUUGAUGGAAAUAAAAGUAUGUGUUUUUCUACACAAUUGAAAUUAUUUUAAUGUAGUGUAUUACAAAGUCUAUAUAUAAGCAGAGAUUAUAUAUUUAAGAAACAAUGAGCUUAAUAUGAAAGAAUCUUUAAGAGCAAUUUAAUAAUAAAGUAAAAAUUUAUUCAUUCAGUUCAAUCUUUUUUGUCUUAUAGACUGAUUUAUUUUACCUGAAUUCAAACAAUCAUCUGUUCUCCAAAAUACUAAGUUAUUCAGAAAGUGGGACAUUAAAUUUGACAAAUGAAGAUUCUGAAAUUGAUAAGUAUUAUUUUAGUCUCAGUAUUAUUUUGAUGUAUUUAUUUAAUCCUAUAUUAUAUAUAUAUAUAUAUAUAUUUCUAUACAAUUAAUAAAUAUGUAAUGAUGUUAUAAAAAUUUUAGUUUGUUCUAAUGUGUUCAUAAAUUGUAAAUUUUUAUCUAAGCUGUGCCUCUUUAAAUAAGUCCUUUGACAGUGUUUUUGAUGGCAAUCAAUGUGCUUAGUAAGUGAUAGUUUAUCUCAAUAGCUAUAGACAAUUUAUUUGAUAAUAUAGGAACAAAAGUCUGAUCAUACUGGAUUUUAGAUUUCUUAUCGAAAAAUUAUAUAUAAAAAUUAUAUUAUAUUCUCAAUUUAAAAAUAUAUAGAAAAAUAAUCCAAAAGGAAUACCAAAUGACACUUUGCACUAUUUCAAAGAAUGUAAAUACUGAUUUUAUUAAAUUAGAUCCAUAUUUCAUGUUAUUGCAACUUAGAAAAAUUAAAUUGCAUGACAUACAUCUCUGAUUCUGAAGUACUACCCUCUAGAGUUAACAUUUGAAUUGAGUGAAAAUAAUAUUUAUUCAAAUAAUUCUGUGUUAUAUUAAUCUAUUAGCUAUUUUUUGAUUAUAAAAAAAUAAAUUUAGUUAGUGCAAUUGUUAUAGAAAAUAAAAAAAUAAACAUACGAAAAAUGGA